GUUACUUCAACAUUAACUGGAAUAAAAUGCCGCGGAUUCAUGUAAAUAGAGACAUCGCUUCAGCGUAAUUAAUUAACGUUUCUUAAUUAAGACAUUACGACUUCUGGGGCGCGUGACGACAGGCCUAUUUUCGGCUUUCUAUCAGCAAUAUUUCAAGGAGAGGAGCAACGUCCUCCUCACCGCUGCAGGGAAGUUUGUCGCGCUUUGUUCCUCGUGGAACUGAACUGAAGACCUCCACCCCUCAUCUCAUCUCCUCAUCUCCCACUCUUCCGUCUGGCCGCCCGUCAAAAGGAGUCGACAGAGUUGCCGGACCACAACUGGGCCGAGAAAUGUGUUUGUGUGUGUGUCCUCGGAUGCAUAACUGUGUCUGACAGUUUUUGGGGCUGAAGUAAGAGGUUGUAGGCUGCACUUCCCCUCUCGCCAUCUGAGAGGCGCUUCUCCACUUAAGUGACUACGUUUGUCUCCACAACUGCAAAGCAUUAUGGGUAGGAAAAAGAUUCAGAUCCAACGGAUCACCGAUGAAAGGAACAAGCAGGUGACAUUCACAAAGCGAAAGUUUGGCUUGAUGAAGAAAGCCUACGAGCUGAGCGUAUUGUGUGACUGCGAGAUUGCUCUGAUCAUCUUCAACCAUGCCAACAAGCUGUUCCAGUACGCCAGCACUGACAUGGACAAGGUCCUGCUCAAAUACACCGAGUACAACGAGCCGCAUGAGAGCCGGACCAAUGCAGAUAUUAUUGAGACUUUGAGAAAGAAAGGCUUCAACGGCUGUGAUAGUCCAGAGCCGGACGGCGAAGACUCCAUUGAUCAAAGUCUCCUUAAUGAUGACAAGUACCGUAAGACAACGGAGGAUCUGGAUGUUCUCUUCAAACGCUACGGGCAGUCGACCGCUGCGGCCCAGACGUUCUCCAUGCCGGUCACAGUCCAGGCGUCUAAUCAAAGCACAUUGCAGUUUAGUAACCCUGGCAACGCACUGGUAACUACCUCCUAUGUAACAUCAUCAUCGCUCACGGAUACCCACCUCCUGUCGCCACAGCAACCGGCUCUUCAGAGAAAUACGGUAUCUCCUGGGUUGCCACAACGACCAGCCAGUGCAGGAGCUCUUCUUGGAGGAGAGCUGAAUAAUUCAAAUGGAGGAUGCCCAAGUCCAGUUCCUAAUGGAUACAACAGUGCCAGGGCCUCCCCAGGCCUUCUCACCGUUUCCAACGGCAACAGUCUGGGGAAAGUAGUUCCGGCCAAGUCUCCACCCCCACCUCCCAGCCCCCAGAUGGUCAACAACCGCAAGCCAGACCUCAGAGUCAUCACCUCGCAGGGCGGAAAGAGCCUCAUGCAGAUGAACGCCCAGCGGCUGGCAGCAGGAGCCCAGGUGGCACAGAGCCUCACCACGCCGGUGGUCUCUGUGGCCACGCCAAGCCUGCUGGCACAAGGGCUGCCCUUCUCCGCCAUGACCACCGCGUACAACACAGAGUACCAGCUGACCAGUGCAGACAUCACUGCUUUACACGCUCUGGCGUCGCCUGGCGGCUUGUUGCCAACCAGUGUGUCCACAUGGCAACAGCAGGCUGUUUCCCAGCAGCAACAACAGCAGCAGCAGCAGCAACAACAGCAACUUAAUCUUGCAUCACUCAGCAACUUGGUCAUGUGGGGCGUGGACAAGCAGAGCAGUGAGCUGUCUAGCCAGGUGUCCGGUCUGACUGCCAACCUGAGUGUUGGCUCUCCGUCCAACCUGCUCUUGGGUAGAGAUGAGUGGUUGGGCCGGCCCGUGACCCAUAUACCUCAAGGCGCCAUGCUGACCGUCAGCACAAACUCCAGUGUGAGCAUCAAGUCGGAGCCCAUCUCGCCCGGCAGGGAUCGCAGCGCGCCAUGCCCUCCGCCGUCUUCUGCCACGCCGUCCUCGACCUCAGGGGGAGCCAUCCUGACUGCGCCGCCGCAGUACCCGGGCUCCCUGCUGUGCCUGGAGCCUCCGACUGGCCGCUCGCCCGCAGACAGCGUCAGCAGCAACGCCAGCGAUCGUGAUGACGCUGGUGCAGCUGGAGGCGGGGCCGGGGGCGGCAGCUCGGCCGGCGCUGCGGGAAGCGUCGGUCCCGGCAGCCGCCCCGACUUCAGCCCCUCGGCCGAGCUCAUCAGGGCGUCGAACGAACCGGAGCAGGAGGGAGGAAACAUCAAGCGCAUGAGAUUGGAUACCUGGGUCACAUAGAGUUGCCGGCCACACCUCCUUCGCACCCACAGGGAAGUUUCGGUGACACUUAAACACCCGCAACACACACACACACACACUCACACACACUCAUUCUUAACCCCCCACUGCCCCUCCGACCCCACUAUCAUCACACAUCUGUCCCAAAUUAUAAAAGUCGGCUGCGUCACCCAGACUUAUGAGGCUUUGCCAAAUAAACAUACAUUUUUUUUAAAAGACGUUCAAAUCCUUCGGGGCUCUCGCUCUGCGUGAGCAGAGGGUGACUUAGUGCUCCGCUGGAUAUGUAGUCCCUUGUAGAUCCUUGACUUGAGGCCGUUAGAUUCUUAAAGCCUUCUUGCUUGAAUGAAGUCGCGUAAAGUAAUUUUCUUUUGGUAGAUAAUUAGGUGUUGAACCUUUUUUUCCAAUCUGACAAAACCAUUGAAAGCGCGUAUCGCAUGGUUUCACCUUCAUCGACAUCGAGCUCUGCUGCAUCGUUCAGUGCGAUUAGUGGCAUGUCCGCAUCAUGAGACUCGUGUGACUCGCCACUUCCUGCUCUUUGAAAUCCCACACAGUGUGGAUUAUGGGCUCCCCAUUCUUCCAUAAAUCACUUCCAAACUGCACUUUUGGAUAGAACUUAAUCUGGACAUGUGAGGACGGAGCAUCUCUGGCACUGAGGUCCUCUGGGGUUGAGAGACUUCCCCUUCAAGGGUUCUUUCCACUGCCACGUUUCCCAACCUCGUACACCCAGGCAGGUGGGGACGAGCCAAUGUCAACCUGUACCACAACAAAUGAAAUGCCAAAUGUCUCUCGCACACAGUGCGAGGACAAUGACGACGUGUCACCUGCACUGUCACGGAAAGGAGGGCUCGAAACUGUUGAUGCUUUUCAAGCUUUGAAUUCGCCGCCGCUCUCCUCAGACUCGUCCCGUCCUCUCGCCUCAUCUCCUCGGGAACUUGGAUGGAAACUGUUGCACCAGAAAUCCAGCCAGCCGCUCGGCUUCCUACCAAGAUGCCAUCCAGUUAAAGGCAUAGUACGAGAGUUUUGAGCCUCUGGCGGCUCUUUUUUGGGGGUAGGGAACGUAUUUGGUUCUUUCAGUCCAAUUGUUCUUUAACUGUUGGUAUUUAAAAUAUAUAUAUAUACAGUUUUGAAGGUCCGUUGGUUGUCCAGAAGUAGGAAUUCUGACUUUGUAUGAAAACCCCUCGUAUACAAAAGCUUCGAUGUCCUCUUAAGCUCCUUAGCUCGUUGCCGUGUUUCAAAAAGUAAAGGAAGAAGAAAUUUUCUAUAUUUCUACCGCUUCAGUUGGCGACAAAGUAAAAUAGCGUUUCAGCUUCAACGACGUGUAUGUACAUAUGACUAUAUUUGCAUAGACUUUGCUAGGUAUCCCUAAAAACAAGCAAUGUGUUGAUUCUCAGUGGAUCUGUUUGCGUAUAUGGGUGUGGAUUUGAUAUGUUUCGGGCUUUCGCCGCACGAGGUCGUGCUGGUGGAUCGGACUUGUUUCAGUAAACCUAUUUUAUGCUCGUGUUGAUGGUGUGUGCACUUUUUGUCUCACUCACAGAGGCCUGCUUGGUUGUGGUGUCAUUAUAUUCUCCUACCACACACUUUUAAAAAAACCCACAAUACAAUUGUCCAUUACCACCUAAUUAUGAACCGAUGAGGACACUGCCAUUCAAUUCGUAGUUUUUUUUCUUCUUCAAAUACAAUGCACUUCAACGCAUAUUUUGAUUGACAGAAUCUUUUCCACAUUACGCUGACACAGAUUAUGCCUUUUUUCACUUAGAAAUGAAGUGCUGUGUUUGUCGUUUUAAUUGUAUUUUUUCGAGUACGAAUUUGUUUCGUCUGACCCACUUCAAGUUGUUGUAUAAGUGUACAAAGGCUGUUUAUAGCCUAGAAAUAGAACGAUGAUAGAACGAAGCUCCUGACUGCGUGACCUUUUUCCCCUUGAGACGAUGCUCACAGUGCAGACUGGCAUGUCAGCUGUUUGUUGACCGUUUAUGAAAAAACACUUUCAUGUCAGCGUAGGGGAAAUGUACGCGGCGUCUUUUAUGAAUUGAUGCAGUUUGGUGUGAUUGGUAGACGUGUGUGUGUGUGUGUGACACUCGUGUUUGACACUGACUUUGAGUUUGUGGCAAGUGUCCAGGACUAACAUCACCCUGCUGUGCGACAUUUUUCACGCCAGUGUUGUUGAUGUUUAUACUAUGAUCAGGUAAUUUCUCCAUCCCUCAUUUGACGGUGUGUUGGGUAGCUCUUUCCUUUCUUCUAUCAAUUCAACAUCCAACACUUUCGAUAAACUCAUGUUGCUUCGUAAACCAUUAAAGGAGUAUUUCUAAAAGUUGUGAGACUCGUUUAGUCGCUUUCCUACAGAUGGUUACAUGAGAGGAUUGAUACUCACCGAUAUGUGUGCAGUAAUUGUGAAGCUAGAGAUGGUUAGAUGAGCAGGAAACGGCUCACCUGGCCGCGUGCGACGGUAACGACUCGCUUUCCAGCCCCUCUAAAGCCGCCUUCAUGUCAUACACUUAAACAGGGAGUAUGAACACGUUUUAUCCAAAUUUAAUCAAAACAUGAGACUUUCAAGGAAAUCUGUGGGGGUGGGGGGGGUUACUAUGUGAAUGUGUGUGUCCAACCACCACGGCACGUUGUUUCCCCCCUUUCCAGUCCUAAUGCUAAGCUCAGCUAAUGGACUGUGACUUCCCAUUUAACGGACACAUGAAUGGUAUCAAGCUUCUCAUCUUCCUCCCGUGAAAGCGAAAAAGUUCAUUUCCCAAAAUCUUGAACAGUUUGUUCUAACUGGGUGCUACAGAGCUCAUCAGUCAAUUCCAUUUUUGCAUCAACUCAAUUUCAGUGGAAACUGUGUGUGUGUGUGUGUGGGCGCUGAUGGCCGACACCACGCCGAUGGGCUUCCUGCCUCUUUGCAGGUUUGUUCAUGUACAAAAAAAGUUUGCCGUUUAGUCACAAGACAAUCUAUAUGAGAAAUGACAACCUGCACCCUUGUUACUUGUUGUGUACAAUGUUUUAUAGAAUAUCACUAUUUUUGGAUUAAUUUGUGCUGGUGACAGUUCCAUUGUUUAUUAUUAUAUUAUUAUGGAGCUAUUGUUUUAUUGCUAUUUUGUGUAGGAUAGUUUUUGUUUUCUCAUUUUCUCUUAUCAUAAAACAUAAUACUGGUUUCCUUUUUUUUAAAUUUUUUUUAAAAAAACUUGCUGAAAAUUGCACGAUCAGUUAAUGUGGUAUUGGCAAAUGCAAUGAAGGACAUACCAGUUAAAUGCUGCAGUUUUAAUUAAGAUAAAGAAUAUAUUUAUAAAAACAGGAAACAACUGAAAUUAGUUCAUGAAAUUUGAAAAGAAAAAAGUAAAUGCAUGAGAUAGAGGUAACGGAACUUAUACAUGCACAGUAAUGAUACAGGACAUGCAUCACAAAUGAGUUAUAAAACAACCCAGAAUAAUGUAGCAUAUGAAAUACUAAAGAUGAAAUUUAUAGCUAAUAUAUUGUGUUGAGCUAGUCUGCUUUUGGUUUUUGUUGUAAAGGAAAAAAAAUCUUUUUGUUGUUUUUUGAGUGAUUUACAAUUUGUGUAUAUUUUCAUAUACAAAGUAUGCACUGAUAUGUUAUUGAAAUUCUAUACCGCUUUUACAAAAAAAGUGUUUGUUGUACCAAAGUAUCCAAGUCCCUUGAAUCCUUACCCUUUUUGCGUAUGUUUUAUCGUAUUUUAUAUAUUAAAUAGACAAACUGAGUGAAAUGAA